CGCCUGUUUGUGUGUGUGGAGAAAUGUAGGAAGUAACGAUAACUUUCCGCCUAAAGACGACGAGAAGACGUCAACAUUUCCCGCAGAGAAACGGGCUUCUACUGGAGAAAAAGCGACCAGAGAUACAAGGCGAAAACGUCUCUUUUAUCGCCGGAAACUCUUUUCAGUUCUUCGUUUUGCUUUUUUUUUUUUUUUUUUUUUAAAGGAAUUCCAUGUGAUUUAUUAUUAUUAUCAUUUCCGACGUUGUAUGACAGGAGCUCGUUAACCUCACAGAGGAGUGCAGGAACUUUGUUUUUCUCCCCAUGUCAGUGUGUUUUUUCCCCCCACCGCUUUUAAAGAUGGAAUGAGACACUUUCCUUAAAGCGCACGGCAGGCUGUGAGUUAUGCAGAAACCUGUCUGCGGAUCAGGAUGAGCACUACAGAUGGAGCCGGGACCCCUAAACAUGACGAAGAAGCCCGCGUUGUGCAAAUCUACCCCAGGCAUCCUCUGGAGACAGAAGUCUACUGUCCCCUGCAGGUCAGCCUCAAGGACACGGUGGAGGCCGUGAUCCGCAACGCCGUGGUCUCGCUGGACCUGGACUCCAGCCAGACCUACAGCCUGCUGGAGGUGAGGGAGAACGGCAGCGGGGAGACGCAGCUGGACCAUGGGGACUGCCCUCUGCUGCGGGUCCUGCUGUGGCCCCCGGAGGCACAGAGGUUCCACCCUCGGAGCCAGGGCUACUACUUCAUCCUGCAGCAGAGCAGCAACGGAGCGAAGCACGUAGGGACCGCCAAAGAGGAAUCCGACGACCUCUGCAACCUGUCCCCCGUGACAGAGGAGGGCGUCCUGCAGGUCUUACGCCAGCGCUUCUCCAAGCGCAAAAUCUACACCUACAUCAGCGGCAUCCUCGUCGCCGUCAACCCCAAUAGGUUUUUACCUCUCUAUUACAACCCAAAGUACGUCAAGCUGUACGAGAACCAGCCGCUGGGCAAGCUGAGUCCCCAUAUAUUCGCCAUGGCCGACGUGGCCUUCAGAACCAUGCUGAGCAGGCAGGCGAACCAGUGCAUCGUGAUAUCUGGAGAGAACGGAUCCGGGAAGACGGAGAGCAGCAGCUACCUCAUCCACUGCCUGACCACGCUCAGCCAGGGGACGUACUCGGGCGGACUGGAGCGAGCGAUCCUGGGGGCCGGACCGGUGUUAGAGGCGUUUGGCAAUGCCAAGACAGCAGAAAACAACAACUCCAGCCGCUUUGGCAAGUUCAUCCAGCUCAUCUACCUGGAAAGCGGCGUUAUCAGAGGGGCAUUCAUUGAGAAGUUUCUGCUAGAAAAGAGCCGCCUGGUGUCCAGAGGUAAAAAUGAAAGGAACUACCACGUCUUCUACUGUCUGCUGAUGGGUGCGUCCAAAGACGAGCAGAAAGAGUUUCAUCUGUUGAACCUGCAGGACUAUGUUUAUCUCAACCAGGAGGAGUUCCAGCUGGAUAACGAGGACAAUUUCAAACAAGAGUACAAAAGACUCAAACAAGCUAUGGAGAUGGUCGGCCUUUUGGCCUCCACUAAGAAACGCAUUUUUUCUGUCCUGUCUGCCAUCCUGCUCUUGGGAAAUGUGACAUACAGUCAAUCAAAGGAUACUAAGGCCCUGGAGGCUGGACCCGCAGAAGUUUUAUCGUCCCUCUCUGACCUGCUUAUGGUGAAAAAGGAGCAGCUGGUGACGGCUUUAACCAAGAAAAAGGUAGUGACUGCGUCCUCCUCUGUGGUUUCGCCGUACACCCUACAGGAGGCCUUCUCUGCCCGUGACUCCAUGGCCAAGUGUUUAUACAGUGCUCUGUUUGACUGGAUCAUCCUUCACAUUAACCACGCAAUGCUCAACAGACGAGACCUGGAGGAGUCCGUCAAAUGUUUGUCCAUUGGUGUCCUGGACAUGUUUGGGUUUGAGAACCUCCAGAGAAACAGUUUUGAGCAGCUAUGCAUCAACUACGCCAACGAGAAGCAGCAGUUUUACAUCAACCAGAACAUCUUUAAGUAUGAGCAGGAGGACUAUGUGUCAGAAGGCAUAAUCUGGCAAAACAUCAACUUUACUGACAACAGUGACUGCAUCCAGCUGAUCAGCGGCAAGUCAGAGGGACUCUUCCACUUGUUGAAUGAGGAGAGCAACCUCCCUCAGGCCCAAGAUAAAGCCGUGUUGGACAAGUUUAAACGGCACCAUCAGAAAAGCUCUCGUUUUGUCGUCUCUCAUGACAAGGAAGCAACUUUUGCCAUCGAACACUAUGCUGGGAGAGUUGAAUAUCACGUUGAGCACCAGCCAGUCUCUGGAUUUCUCCUUUGAUCACUCUGACGAACAAUCACUCGACUUAUUUGAGGACAUCUUUGUCAAUUAUGAAAAGAGAAAGAAAAACACAGGUAGUCGACAAAAGCAGAUCAUUCCGAAGAACCUCAUGAAUUUGAGUUCCCUUCGUCACAUCGUUGGUCUUACGAACCAUGACAGAACCAGCAAAUCCAUCUUCCACCCUGACAGACGAGUAGAUCCCCUCACGGUUAGCGCUCAGUUUCAGACCUCGCUUGGAAAACUGAUCGAGACGAUUGAGAGAGCAGAGCCAUUCUUCAUUUUCUGCUUUCGGUCCAACGCUGAGAAGAAACAGCUGCACUUUGAUGACGAAGUGGUGCUAAAUCAAAUCAGGUAUAUGGGCAUACUGCAGAUGAUUCACAUGCAGAAGUCAAGCUACGAAGUUAAAUACACGUUUAAGGAAUUUGUUAAAAAGUUCAGGAUUUUGUUUCCAAAAGAAAGCACCGGCUCUGUGGAGGACAUAACUAAACUGUUUGAGAAGAUGGGAUUGGAUAAGACCACGUACCAAAUUGGAAAAACUAAGGUUUUCCUCAAAGAAAAGGAACGUCAGUUGCUCCAGUCGACUCUGAACAAAGAAGUGAUAAAACACAUCGUCACCCUGCAGCGCUGGUUCCGCUCCUGCCUCAUAAGAGCGCACUUUCUGCAAAAGAGGGACGCCACAAAAAUCAUCCAGAGGAGCUGGCGGGAGUUUUAUGAGAAGCAAAACCGAACCGCCACGGUAAUCCAGACGGCAUGGCGUACGUCCCUGAGUAAGUCCCUAGACCUUUCGCCGGAGCCCGACGAAGAUCCCAAUGCUGAACAUGGCGUCAGCUCAGAGAAAAGACAGUUGAGGAGGCAGCAACAUUUAGACUAUAGAUUCGCCAGCAAGCCUGAUCCAGUCGACGACCAGAAGACACAAGAGGACCAGAGCAAGCAGACAGAAGAGGGCAGAGGGUCUGUUCCCCAUUUGAACAGACCCUUCUCUGUGCCACUGGACGCCACAGCUGGCAGCAAUCCUUCUAUUUGCAGCUCCCUUCAGCAAUACAUCGGCAAAGAAAGUGCAACGGACAGAACCAGCGCAGGUAGUUGCUCAGACUCAUCAAGUCCUGAAGCAUCACGAAGGAGAGAUGAUUUCUGUCGCAAGGGAAAAACAAAGUCUGCUGAUGAACUGUCGGAGUCCUCCAGCGGUGAACGCUCUAGAGGUGCCAAACCGGAAAGGGUUCGUCUCCGCAAGCCGAAAAAACACAAGCGGCGCUUAGCCCACGCCCGCAGCGGUUUGGUGUAUAACUUUGGGGGCUCCAAGGAAAGCGAGUACUGGGACUUUCCGCUGCCUCCCUUCAGCCCCGCUUUGCCCAGUCUGAAGAGCUCGGCCAGUAGUAUGGAUGUCUGGGCCCUCAAAUCCCAGGUCGAGUUCCCAUCGGAACCGGACUGUUCAAGGUACAGCCUUCCAGCAGGAGGAACCAGUACCGAAACCGAUUUUCGUGGCUCAAAGCAGUCACAGAUUACAACUCCUGAUAGGCCGUGGUUUCUCAGUAAAUUUCUGAAGAAACGGGCACAGAGAUCUGCCGUGCCUGGUGAAUCUCUUGCAGAUAAAACAGUAACGUUGCCAAGAUUCUCUCCACAAUAUUCACAUACGACUAAUUCCAACAACGCAAAGGUGCAUCGAAGCCCGACUGUUUGUAUCAGCCGGGCCACGCGAGCACUUCCGGCAGACGGGUCUCUGGACCGAGAGAUUACCAAUCCUAAUGAGCUACGAAACCUUGACGAGUUCCUUGGGAAUCAAGUGACUGAGUUGCAAACAAGAAUAAAAGAGCUGUCCGCAACAGAGAACAUUUUCAUCUGUGCCACCAUGGAGUUCAGAGAAACCAUCAAAAGCAUGUAUUCCUUGCAGAAGCCUCAAGUUUGUUACAAAAGCCUGAUGAAUGGCUACCGUAACAAAGUGAAUGCAUUGGCAGGACUGAGCAACAAGUCGGAGGUCUCACUGGUGGUCAACCUGUUCCAGUCUAUGCUGGACGGAUUCAUCAGGGGGGAAAUAAAGCGGGUAGAGUCCGAACCAGCCAAGUCUACUAAGACGACAAAGAAGAGAUGGAAAAAUGAGAAAUGUCUUGAUAACCCUCUGGAUCAUCUGUUCAGCACAUACCAAGUGAACAUCAUGCAGUCAUGUGACUUAUGUGGCUCCUACAUCUGGGGAAUGGAGAAAGCUUACAUGUGCAGCGCUUGCAAGUUAAUUUGUCACAAGAAAUGCCUAAACAAAAUCAUCACAGACUGCUCAACACGGUGUGCCAGGCAGGAUGACAGUGUUCCAGGCUCACUACACUUUGGGGUUCAGGUGUGUGUCCUGACCAGUAAAGCCAACCCCGUGCCCAAAGUGAUGGAGCUGCUGCUGAUGCAUGUGGAGCUAAACGGUCUGUACACUGAGGGCAUUUACCGAAAGUCGGGUGCAGCCUGUCGAGCGAGGGAACUCCACCAGAUUCUGCAGACUAAUCCUGAAACUGCUUGUUUGGACAACUACCCCAUCCACACCAUCUCAGGCCUCGUCAAACGCUGGCUUAGAGAGCUUCCUGAUCCCCUCAUGACAUUUUCUCUCUACAACGACUUUCUGCAUGCUGUGGAGCUGCCAGAGAAACCAGAGAGGAUAAGGGCUGUAUACCAAAAGGUCGAUGAGCUUCCCUCUGCUAAUUACAACACUUUGGAGCGGCUCAUUUUUCACCUAGUCAAGGUUGCAAAGGAAGAGAAGCACAAUAAAAUGUCACCGUCCUCCCUGGCUAUUGUGUUCGCCCCCUGCAUCCUGCGUUCACCUGACUUGAGUGACCCCUUCCUUUGUAUGAAAGAUGUGCCCAAAACGACUCUCUGUGUGGAGAUCCUGAUCAAUGAGCAGUUAAGACGCUACAACCAGAAGAUGCAAGAUAUCCAGAAGCUGGAAUAUGCAGAGGCCCAGGCUGUCAAUAAACUCAAAUUAAGGAGACAAAACACGGUCUUUGAAACGCCUUCAGAGCUGGAGGUUCCACACACAGGGCAGCCCGAUGAGUCGGACUACAACAUUAUUGAAAGGAUCAAGUCGAUUAAGCAAGAAAAGGUGGACUUAGCAGUCAGGUUACCUGAACUGGAGCAGGACAGCUCUGACUGUGAAGUCCUGGACUCGGCAUCAUCGGUGAGCUCAGACAGCCUGGACCAGCUGGGGAGCGUUGACUCGGAAGGAAAGCUGUCCAAGCUGUCGAAGGUUCUGAGACCUGAAUGCCCGUCCAAACCUGCUGACCUGGGACAGCGAAUCAGGAGUCGCUUAGCUCCAACACCUACCAAACAGGCGGAGCUGACCUCUGGACAAAACGCAGAUGUUACUCAGUCUACAAGCCCGCUGCCCGGCCAAGAUACCCCGGCUUCAGAGGAAAAGCAGCUGCAGGUCAACCGCAAGACUUUUAAUGGGAGCUUUGACGACCUGGACAUUCCUUAUAUCGACGAGGCUGUAGAUUAACGAUGGCACUUAUACCACCGGUUUUCAUUGUAUGAAUAUCCCCAAGUAUGUGUGUAAAGACACCUAAAAGAAAGUGCACUUUGUUUUACAGAGACUCUAUUUGUCAUUGCUGCUGAGAAAAUGUCCGUAUGGAAAAUUACAUCGUGCUGACCUGUUGUAUUGGAGUCCUCAUGAGAGGGACACUGAACUGUUUCUGAUCUUUAUAAGGGGAUAAUAGCUAAUUUCAUCAUUGUACAGAACACUUUGUUAAAGCACUAAAGUUUUUUUUUUUAACAGUUCAAUGCAACAAAAUGUAAAUUGUAAAGCAAGUGUCUCCUUUACUGAUGGACAGUGUCCUGGAAUCAAGUAAACCCUAUUUUGUUUGUUAGGGAAAAAAAUAUUUAGUUACUCCACCAUAGAUGCUCUAAAAUUGUACUUAGGAACUUUGUUUUGAACAUAUGACACUGUGAUAAGGAAUUUAACUGGGAAAAUGUGCUUCUUUAUUUUAUUUUUCUAGUUUCCUGUAGUUUGACAUUAAAUAAUCUGAGAUUAGUGAAAAUAACUGCUGCCUUUAGUAUGACUGAGCAUUUUUGCCAUGACAAAGCAAGUGAUCCAGUGUCUAUACUCCUUUUUUUCCCUUUUUUUUUAUUUGCUUGCCGGUACAUUUUGAAAAAAAAUGGGUGUUGUGCAUUUUGUUGCCGUAUUAAUAUCUGAAACAAAUAAAUAACUUUCAAAUAUCUCUUGCUCUAGAAGUACAAAUAAUAAUACAGAGUGUAUAACUUUAAAUAUUGUGCAUUGGGGUAAUAGAUACGUCUAAAAAUCAAACCAUGAAACGACGAGAAACUGAAUAGAUAAAAAAGAUUGAAAAUAAAAUGAGUCAAUGGGAAUCAAGACAAAAUGUAUUAGUUAAAAAUAAGUGGGAAAUAUAAAUUAUGCUACAAGGUAUAUUAUAGAAAUUGCUAACUUUGUAACAUGUUUUUUUUUCUGUUCAUAUGUUGGCACAAGACAUUUAUUUAUGCGUUUCUAGUUUUUAGACUUUUGGUUCUUCAAACUUCUAUGUACAAAAGGUUUAUAAUAAAAUUCCUUUAAAUGCCA